AAAAAAAAAAAAGAAGGAAAAAUUACCCCAAAAAGUUUCCCAAUUAUCCCCGGUCACAGAGUCCGCUCGGCGGUCAAAUCUCCGGACAGACUCACCGAGCCUGUCGAUCUCCGGCCCGACGCCCAAGCGAGGCGAAACAGAGGAUCUCCACCUCCAGCCAAGCCGCCGCCACCAAUGGCGGACCUCAACCUCGCCUUCCUGCUCUUCCUCCUCACCCCAGUCCUCCUCCUGGCCGUCCUCUUCCUGAUCGCCCGCCCCCGCCCUGUCAGGAUCCCAAUCAAGAACCGCCACGUCUUCAUCACCGGCGGAUCGAGCGGCAUAGGCCUCGCCCUCGCGCAACGCGCCGCAUCCGAGGGCGCGCGCGUCUCGAUCCUCGCACGCUCGCAAGGCAAGCUCGACGAGGCCAAGCAGGCGAUCCAACUGGCCACAGGGAUCGACGUCGCGACGUUCGCUGCCGACGUCAGGGACCUCGAGGCAGUCAAGCGCGCGGUGGAGGAGGCGGGCCCUAUCGAUGUUCUGGUGGUAAACCAGGGGGUUUUCGUUCCUGAGGAGCUGGACAGGCAGGCAAUUGAUGAGGUGAAGUUCAUGUUGGACGUGAAUCUGGUGGGGAGUUUCAAUAUGAUAAAAGCCGCUCUGCCUUCGAUGAAGAGUAGAACUGAUCGGAGGCCGGUAUCAAUUGCUCUCAUGUCCUCUCAGGCGGGACAGGUGGGGAUUUAUGGGUACACAGCUUACUCCGCAAGUAAGUUUGGGCUUCGAGGUCUAGCAGAAGCAUUGCAGCAAGAGGUGAUUGCUGAUGAUAUUCAUGUUUCGCUAGUAUUCCCUCCUGAUACAGAGACUCCUGGGUUUGUGGAAGAGAACAAGAGAAGACCUCAGCUCACGAAUGUUAUUGCAGCAUCUUCUGGUGCCAUGAAAGCUGAGGAUGUAGCCAAGAAAGCUCUUAGUGGCAUCAAGAGUGGAAGUUUCAUUGUUCCUUGCAACUUCGAGGGGCUCUUACUGUCUAUAGCAACUGCAGGCUUGUCUCCUCAGAGAUCAUUUGUGAUGGCUUUUUUUGAGGUCAUUGCUGUGGGUUUGGUGCGUCUCCUUGCUCUGUUCUUUCAAUGGAACUGGUACAGGACUAUCGAGAAGUGGCAUGCUCAACACUAGUAGGAUAAUGAAGUCUCCGCUGCUUGACAUGAAAAAAAAAAAAAAAACCUUUUUACUCGUCUACUUGUAUUCUUACAGAGGUGCUGCGAGAUGUUCAUCUCUUAAUAGAAGAAUGUCGAUAUCAGCAUAACAGGGACCAGACAUGUUGAUGAUUUCUCCACUUGUGAUUUUGCAGGGGAGUCAUAUGUUAGCCAGUUAAUUGUCUGUAAUCUUCUUCAUUCGCGUGCAGAUGAUCCAAAAUUAUGCCAUGAAAAAAACCGACGCGUUCCUCUCUGCUGUUGUAUCGUGAAUUUUGCCAGAAUAGAUUUUGGGAGAUUGAAGUAGCUUCGAUCUAACAGUAUCUUCCCUUGAUUCAAUAAAAGCAUUUAAUUUUUCCAUUCAA